UCGAGUGGCCGCGGGCCACCGGCGGGCUGGUUGGCGGGCCCGCGGUGCUGCGGAGCGCAGGCUGCGCGACGGGCGGAGAGCCAUGGCCGCUUCUCCGGUUCCCGGCGGCGGCGUCGCGGGCGCCAUCCCCGGCUCCAGCCCGUCCGGCUUCGCCUUCGACUCGGGACUGGAGAUCCGAACUCGCUCGGUGGAACAGACGCUGCUCCCGCUGGUUUCUCAGAUUACCACACUUAUUAACCAUAAAGACAACACUAAAAAGUCUGAUAAAACUCUGCAAGCAAUUCAGCGUGUGGGACAAGCUGUCAACUUGGCAGUUGGAAGAUUUGUUAAAGUAGGGGAAGCUAUAGCCAAUGAAAACUGGGAUUUGAAAGAAGAAAUUAAUGUUGCCUGUAUUGAAGCUAAACAAGCAGGAGAGACAAUUGCAGCACUCACAGAUGUAACCAGCUUGAAGCAGCCAGUAUCAGACAGCCACGUCACAAUUUUCACGGACAAAACUGGAGUCAUAAAGGCUGCAAGACUUCUUCUUUCUUCAGUUACAAAGGUGUUGCUACUGGCAGACCAAGUUGUCAUCAAGCAGAUAAUAACAUCAAGAAAUAAGGUUCUUGCAACUAUGGAAAGACUGGAGAAAGUGAAUAGCUUUCAAGAGUUUGUCCAAAUAUUUAGCCAGUUUGGAAAUGAAAUGGUGGAGUUUGCACAUCUAACUGGAGAUAGACAAAAUGUAUGUAUUUCCCACACUGAAGAGUCUUCAGAUACAUGCGUACCUUUAUUUUGGAUGGUGGAUUUGAAAGAUGAAAAGAAAAAGGCCAAAAUGGCAGCAGCAAGGGCCGUUCUUGAAAAGGGCACAAUGAUGCUCCUCACAGCCUCAAAGACGUGUCUCAGGCAUCCCAGCUGUGACUCUGCCCAUAAAAACAAAGCAGGAGUGUUUGACAGAAUGACAGUGGCACUGGAUAAGGUCAUUGAAAUCGUGACUGACUGUAAACCAAACAGAGAGACUGAUAUUUCAUCUAUCAGCAUUUUUACUGGAAUGAAAGAAUUGAAGAUGAAUAUGGAAGGUCUUCGGGAGAAUCCUUAUUUUCAGUCCAAGGAGAACCUUUCUACCACACUGGAAGUCAUCUUGGAGCGCACAGAGGACUUUACUGAUUCUGCCUACACCAGCCACGAGCACAGGGAGCGCAUCUUAGAGUUGUCCACUCAGGCUAGAACAGAGCUGCAGCAGUUCAUUUCUGUGUGGAUUCAAGCUCAAAGCAAGAAAACAAAAAGCAUCGCUGAAGGACUGGAACUCAGUAUUCUGAAAGUCAGUCACAGUCUCAAUGAACUGAAGAAAGAGCUUCAUAGUACAGCGAUGCAGCUGGCAGCAGACCUCUUAAAAUUCCAUGCUGAUCAUAUGGUUUUGAAAGCAUUAAAACUUACUGGAGUAGAAGGAAAUUUAGAAGCUUUGGCUGAAUACGCCUGUAAACUCUCUGAAGAGAAAGAACAACUUGUUGAGGCCUGUCAAUUGUUGCGGCAUAUAUCUGGCACAGAACCACUUGAAAUAACCUGCAUACAUGCAGAAGAGACAUUUCAGGUGACUGGCCAACAGAUAAUUUCUGCUGCUGAAACAUUGACACUGCAUCCAUCUAGUAAAAUUGCCAAAGAAAACCUAGAUGUAUUUUGUGAAGCUUGGGAAUCUCAAAUUAGUGACAUGUCAACACUGCUGAGAGAAAUCAAUGAUGUGUUUGAAGGAAGACGAGGAGAGAAGUACAGCUACCUUUCACUUCCAAAGCCACCGAAUAAUGGAAACCUGAAAUCAUUAAAGCCUGACAAGCCUGAUUCAGAGGAGCAAGCCAAGAUAGCAAAGCUUGGACUUAAGCUGGGUUUGCUCACCUCUGAUGCUGACUGCGAAAUUGAGAAGUGGGAGGAUCAAGAGAAUGAGAUCGUCCGGUAUGGACGGAAAAUGUCCAGGAUGGCCUAUUCUCUAUAUUUAUUUACUAGAGGAGAAGGGCCACUGAAAACUUCCCAGGAUUUAAUUCAGUUCCUAGAGGCUUUUGCCGCAGAAGGAUUAAAGCUUACUUCAAGUGUACAAGCAUUUUCAAAACAGCUGAAAGAUGAUGACAAACUUAUGCUUCUCCUGGAAAUAAACAAGUUAAUUCCUCUUUGCCACCAGCUUCAGACAAUAACUAAGACAUCUUUACAGAAUAAAGUGUUUCUAAAGGUUGAAAAGUGUAUCACAAAGAUCAGAUCCAUGAUGGCUCUCCUUGUCCAGCUCCUCUCACUUUGCUAUAAGCUGCUGAAGAAGAUGGAAAGUAACAGAUGGGUCUCAGUUAAAAAUAAAGAUACCUUGGAUGGUAAAACCUGAGAAGCUUUCCAGCCAGGUCUCUGGAAUAUCAUGUGGCAAAGCUGACCUUUUAAAGAAAUGAAUGAUCCUUUUUUUCAGAAAUUCAUCAGUUUUAUAAAGAAUAUACUGAAAUCUUGCUUUAUUUUCUGAUCUUCAGAUUGGGAACCUUCCUGACAGCUAAUGAUUGCCAUGGUAGUUACUAGGAUUCUAAUUGAAGUGCAAUUUUAAAUGUUUUUAAUGUUCCUUAAAAGUUAAACCAAAUAUCCCACUUGUCUUAAUGACAACUGAAUCCCAAAGAAGCUAUUUUGAAUGUACACUCAGCUCUGGCAUAUUGUACCUUAACUAUUUUAUUUAAGCUGCUUAUCUAUAACACUAACUUCAACAGAAAAUACAAUGGCCUGGUUGAACGCAGGCUUUUUUUCUCACACUUGUGGACUCCUCUUCCUUUGGCUGCCUGGUCACAAUCCUCCUGGCUAAUGUUUUUUUUUUUUU